CCAGCAGCUCAGGAGGAGGGACGCACCAACCCAGCUGGCCAUAUUGCACAGCAGCUCCGCGCAAAUCGGCUGCGUCACAUCUAGAGAAAUACGCACACGCAGCAAGGCUGGAACGCUAAAAGCCAAGGGUUCAAAACGCGCCUCCGCUGAGCUGCGAAAAAUGGUGAAACUGGGGAAUAAUUUCGCCGAGAAAAAUAACGGGAAGGUGAUUUCUGAGGAUGGCUUUGACACCAUCCCUCUCAUCACACCGUUAGAUGCCAGCCAGCUGCAGUUCCCCCCACCUGAUAAGGUGGUUGUGAAGACAAAGGCAGAUUAUGAUGGUGAGAACAAGAAAGGAAAGCUACGGUCCCCUAAAAUUGCAGAGUUCUCCAUAAGCAUCAUCGAAGGUGUCUCUGAGCGGCUCAAAGUGACCCUGCUGGUGAUCUGUGCUCUGGCUUUCCUGGUGUGUGUGGUUUUCCUGGUCGUCUAUAAGAUCUACCAGUAUGAGCAGCCGUGUCCUGACAGCUUCGUUUAUGUGCAAGGCCGCUGCGUGCCGAUCGGACUUUACGGCAACUAUCCCCCUCAGGGUCCCGGGGGACGUGGGCACCUCUUUACCUUCAUCAACCGCUACAACAUUGCCAAGCAGACCAUCACUCGGUCAGUAUCUCCAUGGGUGACCAUCAUGUCUGAGGAGAAGGUAACCCAGCAAGAAAUGGAGACGGCCGAGAAGCUGGCCUGAACCUUGAUCGGAUCAGGAGGCGGCCUCGGAGAAAAAAAUGAAUAACAUGGCUGUGCCAUUCAGGCAAAACUCAAUUCCAGUCGCUUUAUGUGGGUGAAAAAAAUUAAUAAAAAAAUCAAACAACAAAAAAUCCAUCUCAUCUUGCCUGAGGUGCUCUGCUGCCUUGUUGAUGUAGUUUGGUCAGCUGAUGUGUACAGUAGCUGGAAAUCUAUGGAAGUUAUGAGCAUGUUCUCAGCACAGCGAGGCCCAGUUUAAUGGAUUCACAAUUUGUAUGAAUAGCAUAUGUUUAUUUAUUUAUUUUCAUGACGUAACAGCGUGGCUGACAUGUAGAAAAAGGCCACAGAAACAUGCGCUCUGUAUUUGUACAUACACAUACAUGAAGCAACUCACUUAAGGACUGAGAUUGUUCGCCAUUUCAGUCCGCGUCGCUUGUUUGAGCGCACAACUCGGACCCAAAAGCAGUCGGUUCGCUUUGAAUCUCGGCUUCGAGUUCUCACAAAGUUAGUGGCAUCGAUUUUAUCUGUGCAGAAAUGUUUUAAUGUCAUAUUGUGAAACGUUCAGCCUUGACCUAACAGAAAUGUACCAGCAAAAGAAAUAUUUUAAACGGUGUUUUCUUUGAGUCCACUCAAAAGGACUGAUUAAUGAUUGUUCCCAUUAUUUAUGGACUCCUUAUGCUUUUCUUUGCUGGCUAAUGUAUAGCGCAUUCAUUACUUUUAAUAGCACAUUUUUAAAGCUGUUGUAUUGACUGUUUUCUUUCAAAGUGAAGACGCUGUAAUGUCCGGCGCUGACCAUUAAUUGCCGUCACCACGGAUGAUGGCGGUCGGCAGCCAUCACAAACCAGUUUUAGCCUGAUGUAGUGGAACUAUCUGAAUUUAGUGGCUCGUGCUGUUGCUUUUCUUUUUUACCCCCCACCCCAUCUUCUCUGUAUUUGCAUUUUGACUUGAACCACCCCAAUAUAUGUAUCUUAUUUUCCAAGCAAUGUGAUGACUACCAUCAAAGUGCAUUUGCUACAUGAAAAUGUAUAAUGAACAAUUGAAAUAAAGUGUUUUUAUUUCAAACUGA